AUGAGUCCGUGUAACUCUCGCCGAGAGGCCGUGCGCGUCGUGCGCCUCCGAAGCGCGCUGGCAGACUUCGCUCCGCAGGGCGCGCCUUCCGCGGCGCCUCCUCGAGCCACGCGUCCGCGCGUCCACAGGCGCGUCCUGGGGUUGUUGGUGUCGGCGGCGCUGUGCGCGUCAGUCUCUUCUUUGUCGCGUCCAGUCCUCGACUUUGGAGCGGCGGUGAAGCUGCGCCAGGCGGCGGAGACCCAGGCGCUGGCGGAGGCGGGCGCUCAAAGGGAGGACGCGGUGCUGCCGGCGCGGUCGGAGUGGCUCUGCCGCGAGGCGUACAACGGCGAAGGCUGCGGGAGCGCGACGAAUGCGGCGCUGGGCGCGACGGAGGCCUACUGCCAGGAGGAGGACUGCUGCCCGACGUUCAAGCCCCAGUGCACCCACGCGACUGGCUUGUGCGCGACGGAGAGCUACUUGCAGCAGCAGUACAGCUGGGGAAAGUGCAACAAGACGCAGUGCGCGCGAUGCGGGCCGAAUGCAGUCUGCGGGUACGUCCCCAGCACGUCCUCGGUGCGCGGCGGCGUGUACUGCACGUGCAAGAACCCCUUCGUCGGCUCGGGCGCCUCCUGCAUGCUCGAGGUCUGCAAGGGCAAAAACCCCUGCGGCGAGGGUACCUGCGUCCCGAGCGCCGACUCGAACAAGCCGUACGACUGCGAGUGCAGCCCCGGCUACGCGGUGCUGACCUCGGGCAGCUCGCCGACCUGCAUGGACAUCUGCAAGUUCAGAGGCUGCGGAGACCCCGAGGGCGUCGAGGCGUGCAUCGGCGGCGUCGACGCGCACGUCUGCGUCUGCAAACUCGGGUACCGUCUCGCGGAAGACAGCGCAGGCCCCAGGUGCGUCAAGAGCGACCCCUGCACCAUCUCGCCCUGCGGACAAGCGGACGCCGUCGAAAAGUGCGAGCCGCGUCCCAACGGCAUCGAGUACGUCUGCACCUGCACUCCAGGCCACGUCGUCCGCUACGUGAACGGAACCCAGGUCUGUCUGCCCGAAGAGCAACCCUGCAACGCCCCUCUCUGUUCCCUCGAAGGCCCAGACUUAUCCUCCGCGACCAGCACCUCCACCAGCAAAACCGCGACGAACGGCGCAACCGCCGAAAACUCCACAGGCGGCAGCUCCACGAAUGAAAGCGAAGGCGUGAACGCGGGCGCGAUCGCAGGCGGAGUCGUCGGCGGGCUGGCUGGGCUCGGCCUCAUCGCCGCCGCGGUGACCUACAGCAAGCGGCGUAGCGCGGCGGACUAA